AUGUCAAGGGAGCUCAAUUGUAACCGUAGACCGGGCGGCGGUGGGCAUGGGCUGGCCGAGGCCCGGGGCUGGCGCUGCUCCUGCUGCCUGCUGGGCACCUGCUGGUGCAAGAGCUGCCUCAGCCUGUGUGUCCUGGCCGCCGUCUGCUUCGCCUCGCUGGCCGUGGUGCGCCAGUACCUGCGGGACCUGCUGCUCUGGGCCGAGAGCCUGGACAGCCUGGCCGGCGUGCUGCUCUUCACCGUGGGCUUCAUCGUCGUGUCCUUCCCGUGCGGCUGGGGCUACAUCCUGCUCAACGUGGCCGCCGGCUACCUCUACGGCUUCGUGCUGGGCAUGGGGCUGAUGGUGUUCGGCGUCCUCGUCGGCACCUUCGUCGCCCACGUGGCCUGCAAGCGGCUGUUGGCCCGCUGGGCACGGGCCAGGAUCCAGGGCAGCGGGACGCUCAGUGCCAUCGUCCGUGUCGUGGAGGGCGGCAGCGGCCUCAAGGUGGUGUUUCUGUCGCGGCUGACGCUGAUCCCCUUCGGGGUGCAGAACGCCGUCUUCGCGAUUACAGAUUUAUCACUACCCAACUACCUGAUGGCUUCUUCACUUGGGCUGCUCCCUACUCAGCUCCUGAACUCGUACUUGGGCACUACCUUGCGCACCAUGGAGGAUGUGAUUGCAGAACAAAGUGUUAGUGGCUAUUUUGUAUUUGGUUUACAGAUUGUCAUAAGCAUAGGACUCUCGUUUUAUGUCGUUCACCGGGCUCAAGUGGAACUCAAUGCAGCUAUUGUAGCGUGUGAAAUGGAAAUGAAGACAUCACUUGUUAAAGACACUCAGCCAAGCAUCAAUGGCUCAACCACAUACUGCAACAAGAGGACAGUAGCAUUCUCUGGAGGGGGUGUCAAUAUUGUGUGAUUUCAAGUAUUAAUGACUAAGAAAGGUUUUGUGAACCUGAACUAGAAAUGUCUUGAACCUUGCCUAGAAAUAUCUAUGGACAAUUGAAAUAGAUUUUAAAAAAAUUACAAGUGAUUACAGGUUGUACUGUGGCACAAACCAGCUGACCAGCUCUUUAAUUGCACAUGGGGUGACUUCUGGCAAGACAAGGAAGAUGGCAAAGUAACUUAAGAUGUAAAUGCAAAUUUGGCUGCACCUUUGGUCAUUUAUUAUGCCUGUCAUGGCCUGUAGUCUGCACUUUAGGUUUUUUUUUCCUUUGCUUCUAUAAGCUGAGAAAUGCUUCUAUAAACAGAAAAGUAGAAUUUACAGAGGUAAAUAUUUUUCUGCUUAGCAUUAUUUAUAAGGCUAAAUAAUUAUAUACAGUAAAAUUUUAUUACUGAUAAAGGUGAUUGAGAAAGUAUGCAAUUCAAUGUAUGUUAUUCUUGAAUGUGCUUUUGCUUUGGAAUUGCUUCCAGAACUUGGAGUGUAUUAUUUAGCUAAUGAUGGGACCAUUUGGCUUUUUCUUCAUUUUUGAUUUAAAAAAAAAAACAACAAAAACCCUAUAUAAAGUUUUGGUUGAAUGUAUUUUUCUAAGUCAUUACAAAUGUUGCAGAGCCAUGCAAAUGUAUUCACACAAGCUUAAAUCCUACAUUGUGGGACUGAAGUGCUCUUAAAUUACAUUUUAAGUUACACUGUGUAAUAUGCAAAGUACAAGGGAAAAUGCAGAAGUUAGAUUACAAUGACUAUUUGAAUGACACUUAAUUGGUUUUGCCACCUUGGUUGUUGUAACAAAGGGCUGUUCCACGUUAGUCCUAUAUAUGAUAUUUUUAAUUGUUAAAAGGAUGAAGUUUUUCAGCUCUCAUGACUGCAUGUGAUAAGGCUUCUAGAACAGGGAGCUAAAUCUCUGUUCUAAGCAGAAUGAUGGGAUAUUAGCUGUACUAAUUUUACAAGAAGGUGGCCUUUAUUUUGUAAGUGAAUCCCUUUUCCCUUUAAAAAGCUUUAAAAAUUCACUUUGGUUGGCACAUCUUUUGUACUAGUUUUACAUUUUUUAAAAGACGCAAUCUAUUACAAAUUUCAUCAGAGUGAAGAAACAAAAACUUAGAGGUUCUCCUUGGAAAAAGAAAUAAUCCAGUAGUGGAAAGGACAGCAAUGUCUCUGAGACUCAGGAAUUCUGACUCCAUUUUUGCAAGACAACACUGUAUUGGAUACUGCUCCUUUUACGCCUGCUGUGGACUUUUUUCACUGCAUUUAAAUAGACUGGAUAACCUGACAGUAACUGGUGUGUGUGUCUAAAAGAAAAACAACAAUAAUGCCUGAACACAAUGUUCUGUAUGUGUGAGUUUCAUGUAGAUAUACAUACCAAUGUUCAAUGGCUCAAACACACGCAAGUCAUCUGAUACAAAAAUAAUGUAAAGUAUGGCUUUUGUAGUUAUUUUGUGUGAAAGGAUGCUUUCAGUCUUCAAAAUUUUAUGUUAUUUUCUAACAGUAUGACUGUGCCUCCUUUUUGUAAGGUUGGUUGUAGGGUCCAAGCAUUUUUGUCUUCUUGAGAAUAGUGGGUCUUUAAGGCCAUUUGGAAGCAGAGAUGCGAGAGCCUCUAACAGCCUUACUGAGAGGAUGUGUGGCACUCGUUUAACAACAUCUGCGCAUCCUUUGCAGAUUGGUGUUCUUGGGUCCUGCAACCCAAAGAACUGAACUAGUUCAAUGAAAGCAACAAAGUUCAGAUUGUCUCCUUUCUGUUGUUUUGGCCUUGGUUUGGUUUUUUUUCAGUUGGGUGUUUGUUUGGUUUUUCUUCGGUUUUGGUUUCUGGCUUCAUUUGGUUUUGGGUUGAGUUUUGAUUGGUUGGUUGGUUUUUGAAAAGGCAAUCUGUAUAUACCUGGAAGUGUUCAUUUACACAUCUCUGCCUCUGACAGCUCCUGUGUGAAAACAAGAGAGCCAGAUAACUUCUCGAUGGCGUUAUUUGUCAUCAUAGUAUAAUUGAGUCCUUUCUUAACUAAAGAGGUUUUUUUUUGUUAGUUUCUUGUAAAGAACAGUCCUUCAGUGAACUGAUCUGAACUUUGCUCCAUCUUGCCAAAUGAAAAAUUCUGUUUUGAAGAGGGUAUCUCUUUCUUUGCAUUUUUUAACUAACUUAAGGUUGCGUUGUUUAUUCAAAACAUUUCCCAAAUAUGUAUUUUGAAGUGCUUUUAUUUCCAUGACAUUUUGUAACCAGAGUAACUUCACUAUGUGAACACUUUUGUAGUAUGAAAUUAGUUCUUAAGACUUUUGCAUUUUGCUUGAUACUUGUAAUAUUUGUGUACAAGUUAAUGGGAAAUGUGCAUUAAAAGGAACUUUUCUGUACCAUGCCAAUCAUAAUUUUAUACAAUAAAUUCACUCAAAUUUCUUUAAAGGAA